AUGAGCCAGCUUUGCUUAUGGUUGCCGUGCCAGCCUUUUCUUGCUGCCAGUAUCAGAGGAAUCCUUACAGGCGCCAUCUUCAUUCUGGGCUGCUGGGGGCUCUCUGAUUUCCAGAAGAGUUUUCUUCAAGAUCUGGAGCCCAAGGACUUAUCUUCCUCCUUCGGCCGCCAUACUGCUCCACUCACAGGCCAUCCUUCCUCUCACCUCCAGAGACUGAGACAGAGAAGGACUUCGGAGGACAUUCUGCACCUAGAACUCCUGGUAGCUGUGGGCCCCGAUGUUUACCAGGCUCACCAGGAGGACACAGAGCGCUACGUGCUCACCAACCUCAAUAUCGGGUCAGAACUGUUGAGAAACCCGUCCCUAGGGGCUCAGCUCCAAGUGCACCUGGUGAAGCUGAUCAUUCUCUCGGACUCAGAGAGUACUCCGAAUAUCACGACCAACAUCACCUCAUCCUUGAUGAGUGUCUGCGAGUGGAGCCAGACGAUCAAUCCCCAUGAUGACAGGGACCCAAGUCAUGCUGACCUGAUCAUCUAUAUAACCAGGUUUGACCUGGAGCUGCCGGAUGGUAAUCAGCAGGUUCGGGGGGUCACCCAACAGGGUGGUGCCUGCUCUCCUUCCUGGAGUUGCCUUAUCACUGAGGACACUGGCUUCGAUCUGGGGGUCACCAUUGCCCACGAGAUUGGACACAGCUUUGGGCUGGACCAUGAUGGUGCUCCAGGCAGUGGCAGCACCUGCGAGGCCCGUGGCCAUGUGAUGGCGUCUGACGGCGCAGUGCCUGCCGGAGGGGCCCUGGAGUGGUCCACCUGCAGCCAAAGGCAGCUGCAGCACCUGCUCAGCACAGGGCAAAUGCACUGCCUCUGGGACCCGCCCGGGCUGCAGUCAGGACUCACAUGGCACCAGCUGGUGGCACAGCCUGGCCUCUUCUACAGUGCAGAUGACCAGUGCCGUGUGGCUUUCGGUGCCGGGGCUGUCGCCUGCACCUUCUCCAGGGAGGGUCUGGAUGUAUGCCAGGCUCUGUCCUGUCACACAGACCCCCUGGACCAAAGCAGCUGCAGCCGCCUCCUUGUUCCUCUCCUGGACGGGACAGAAUGUGGUGUAGAGAAGUGGUGCUCUAAGGCUCGCUGUCGCUCCCUAGCUGAGCUGGCUCCUGUGGCUGUGGUACAUGGACACUGGUCCAGCUGGGGCCCCCACAGUCCUUGCUCUCGAUCCUGUGGAGGAGGUGUGAUCACCAGGAGACGGUGGUGCAACAACCCCAGGCCUGCAUUCGGGGGACGUGCAUGUGUGGGCGAGGAUCUCCAGGCUAAGAUGUGCAACACGCAGGCUUGUGAGAAGACUCAGCUGGAGUUCAUGUCGGAGCAGUGUGCCCAGACAGACAGACAUCCACUGCAACUUUCCCAAGGCAGUGCCUCCUUCUACCACUGGGAUGCUGCUGUGCAGUAUAGUCAAGGGGAUACUCUGUGCAGACACAUGUGCUGGGCUGUUGGAGAAAGCUUCAUUGUCAGCCGUGGGGACAGUUUCCUCGAUGGGACCCGUUGUGUGCCAAAUGGUCCUCGGGAGGAUGGGACCGUGAGCCUCUGUUUGUUGGGCAGCUGCAGGACCUUUGGCUGUGAUGGCAAGAUGGACUCCCAGCAGGUUUGGGAUGCGUGCCAGGUGUGUGGAGGAGACAAUAGCACCUGCACUUCCCAAAAUGGCUCUUUCACAGCUGGGAGAGCCAGAGAGUAUGUCACGUUCCUGAUAGUUACUCCCAACAUGACCAGCGCACACAUCAUCAACCACAGGCCUCUCUUCACACACUUGGCGGUGAGGAUCCAGGACCACUACAUUGUGUCAGGGAAGAGCAGCAUCUCGCCUAACGUCACGUACCCUUCCCUUCUGGAGGACGACCGCGUGGAGUACAGAGUGGCUCUCACUGAGGACCAGCUGCCCCGCUUAGAGGAGAUUCACAUCCGGGGACCUGUCCGGGAUGACAUUGAGAUCCAGGUGUACAGACGAUAUGGAGAAGACUAUGGGGAUCUUACCCACCCAGACAUCACCUUUACCUACUUCCAACGGAAGCAGCAUGCAGCCUGGGUAUGGGCCGCUAAGCGUGGACCCUGCUCAGUGAGCUGUGGGGCAGGGCUGCGCUGGGUGACCUACAGCUGCCAGGAUCAAGCUCAAAACAAGUGGGUGAGGAACGCCCAGUGCCAAGGGAGCCCGCAGCCACCUUCAUGGCAGGAGACUUGUGUCUCUGUCCCCUGCCCUCCAUACUGGGUAGCUGACGACUUUGGCCCAUGCAGCGUGUCUUGUGGUGGAGGCCUUCGGGAGCGGUCACUGCGCUGUGUAGAGGCCCACGAUGGCUUCUUAAAGACGCUGCCGCCAGCCCCGUGCAGAGCAGUAGCCCAGCAGCCAGCAGCAGAGGUAGAAAACUGCAACUCCCAGCCCUGCCCCACUGGAUGGGAGGUGUCAGACCCUAGCCCUUGUAUGUCAUCUGCGUGCGAACCCGGUCUGGAGUCAGGGAAUGUGACAUGUGUGCCCAGGGUGGGUGACUCAGAGAAGCCAGCGACUGCAGGCCCCUGCCGCCCGGAUGAGAUGUCACCUGUGCCCUGCAUUAGGACCACAUGUUCUCCAGGCUCGGGUCCGGUGGACACCAUGUCUCUGGGAGAGGAGGCUUCAUCCCCAGUGGGCAGUGACAAGCCAAGCUCUCAGGCUGAACAUGUGUGGACUCCUCUGGUGGGGCUGUGCUCCAUUUCUUGUGGGAAAGGUCUGAAGGAGCUGUAUUUCCUGUGCAUGGAUUCUGUCCUCAAGAUGCCUGUCCAGGAAGAGCUAUGUGGCUUGGCCAGUAAGCCCCCAAGCCGGUGGGAGGUCUGCAGGGCUCGCCCAUGUCCUGCUCGGUGGGAGACUCGAGUCUUGGCACCGUGUCCGGUGACCUGUGGCGGGGGGCGAGUGCCGCUGGCCGUUCAUUGUGUGCAGCUGGACCACGGACGUCCUGUGUCUGUACCUCACUCCAAGUGCUGGCCAGCGCCUAGGCCAGGCUCCUUCGAGGACUGCAGCCCUGAGCCUUGUCCUGCUAGAUGGAAAGUCCUGCCCCUUGGCCCGUGCUCAGCCAGCUGUGGCCUUGGCACUGCCACACAAAUGGUGGCCUGCGUGCAGCUUGACCAAGGCCAUGACAAUGAGGUGGAUGAAACUUUCUGCAAGGCUCUGGUGCGGCCCCCGGCCAGUGUCCCCUGCCUCAUUGCUGACUGUGCAUACCGGUGGCACAUCAGCACCUGGACAGAGUGCUCCGUCUCCUGUGGGGAUGGCAUCCAGCGCCGGCAUGGCACCUGCCUCGGACCCCAGGCUCAAGUGCCUGUGCCAGCCAACUUCUGCCAGCACCUGCCCAAGCCAGUGACUGUGAGAGGCUGCUGGGCUGGACCCUGUGCAGGGCAGGAGAUCUCCAGCUCGCUGCCUCACAAGGAAGCCACUCUUCCCAGCCAGACCCUGGCUGCGGUUACUGCUGCCUCUCUGCAGUGGUCCCAGCCCCAAGCCCAGGCCCACAGCCUUUUCCCAGACUCCCAGUCUCUGGGGCUCCAGGAAACCCUGGAAGAGCCUGGAGCCUGUGGAAGGCAAUACCUGGAGCCCACAGGAACCAUUGACAUGCGAGGUCAAGGACAGCUAGACUGUGUGGUGGCCAUCGGGAGACCUCUAGGUGAAGUGGUGACCCUCCAAAUCCUCGAGAGCUCCCUCAAGUGCAGUGCAGGGGAGCUGCUGCUGCUCUGGGGUAAGUUCACAUGGAGGAGGAUGUGCUGGAAGAUGUCUGGCAGGACUUUCAGCACAAAAGCCAACACGGUGGUGGUGAGGCAGCAUCGUGUGCUGCCGGGAGGUGGAGUGCUGCUGCUGUACCGGAGCCAACCUGCCCCGGGGACCUUCUACAAAGAAUGUGACAGGCAGCUCUUUGGACCUCAGGGUGAAAUCACGAGUCCCUCACUGAGCCCAGACGGGAGGAAGGCAGGAACCUGCAGGGUCUUCAUCAGUGUGGCCCCACAGGCCCGAAUUGCCAUCCGAGCCCUGGCCAGUGACAUGGGCACUGCUUCUGAGGGGGCCAGUGCCAACUAUGUCUCGAUCAGGGAUAUCCACGGUCUGAAGACUACAACAUUUUGGGGGCAGCAGGUGCUCUACUGGGAGUCCGAAGGCAGUGAGGCUGAACUGGAGUUUAGCCAUGGCUUCCUAGAGGCGCAUGCCAGUUUCCAGGGCCAGUAUUGGACCAUCCCGCCGAGGACACCGGAACAGGUCAACAGCGUGGCUCUGUCCUAG